UUGUUUAUAAUGUUUAUGACACGUGACAGUGUCAUGUCACUCUUAUGUAGAUACCUUCAAGUAAAGUGCAACUAAAGUGGUUUUAGAGGGGCGCUAUGCAAAAAUUAAGCAAAGUUGCUGGCUUGGCUCGUAACUUUUAGUUUUAUUUGAGAAAAUGCAUUGAACAUGGGCGUGUUACAGCAUUAAAUCUAACAGUGUGUUCCAUGUCCGUCGAAGCCAGCGCUGGGAAUGACGUCACACCCGAGUUGAGUGCGUUUCAUUAAACAAGUCGGAAUUUCAGUGUAGUUUUGUUCUGUCCAGCUUAGCCACUGCUAGCAAUACCAGUUGAUAACAAUACAUUAGGCUGUUUUUUGUGCAAACAGAGUAACAACGUCCAAAGAUAAAAGUUGGACAGGACUGUGUGUACAGCUGAUUUAAUGAGACACAAAUAAGACAGAAGUGCUAAUAAACUGUAUAUUACAAUAGCUUUUACUGUUGAUGCACGGCCCAGCCAUGUUGGAUUUUGAGGUUGCCUUUGCGCGGGGUACUGUGAGGUUAUCUGACCUCAGAGGGCGUUCCAUUUAAAGUUUCUGACUUGGAAUUGGAAAUUCAACUUCCGAGUACAAAUGGAACGCACCAUAUCGCUCAUAUUUGUUGUUUUGGGACUCAUUGGAAAUCAACCUGUUUUGUUGUUUAAGUAUGAGUCCGUGUUAGUACAAUAUAUGUAUAUGCAGAAGGAGAAAUAAAGAUUAUAAGUAUUAUCAAAUCAUGAUUAUGUUACUGCUACCUCUCCUAAGUUCUAAUGAUGUGUGUAAUGGCCCUGACACACCAAGCCGAUAAUCAGCCGUCGACAGUCUGGCGAAGUGAGCGACUCAAGUCUGUUCGGUGUGUUCUGUGCCGUCGUACGUCGGAGGAGCUGUCUGCCUUCAUUUUGGCCGACCUGACUUGCUGGGUCGGAGGGCGGGCAGUCGGACUCACUCCACCAAACUGACCUUUGUUGAUCUGAAAUGAAGACAGAUUCAGCAACUGUAUGGCCUAUUUCCCACUUAAAAUGCUUUCAGAAACAAUUUUUCGUAAAAUACAAGAUCGUAUUUCGAACAAGCCGCAAUUACUAUUGGCUGGAGAACCCAGACCCACGUGGUGCGUUGUCAUUUCUGGUUUUCAUUUUUCGUAUUACGUCUCGCGCACGUGCAGAACGUGCGCUCAAGACGCCGUCGCUUCGGUGUGUUCUGAGGCACUUUUUGGACCUCGGGGAGCCGACUGAUCAGUCCGACUGCCUUUUCUGCCGAUGGUCAGCCGUCAGGUUGGUGUGUCAGGGGCUUAAAACGUUUUGUUUCCACAGACGGAGAGCAGAGUCUCCACUAUCUAGUGCUCUGUCCAUGAAGAGUGACUUUUCCAAAGACGAACCUCCAUUCUUCAGUAAUGAACCUGGACCCUCAGACACAAAGAGUUAUGGAAAACGGUUUCUAGUACAGAGAGCAGAGUUUCCAGUGUCCAGCGCUCUGUCCAUGAAAAGUGACUUUUCCAAAGACGAACCUCCAUUCUUCAGUGAUGAACCUAGACCCUCAGACACAAAAGACAAAAGGAAACAGAGUCAUGUUUUCAUGGUUGAACAGCUGUCUGGUAACAGAUCCAGAACAAGAGCUGGACUGCAGACAGACAGUCAGACCAGCACUGUACAAAAUCGUGUUCAGCAUGAGGGGUCAGUUGAACAAAAAAUCAGUCUGAAAAGCAGAUUUGAACGUGUGGCUGAAGGAACUAAUGAAACAGGAAGUAAAACCCACCUCAAGAAGGUCUACGUCACGAUGUACAUAUCAGAGGGACAGAGUGAAGAGGUUAACACCCAACACGAGGUUUGGCAGCUUGAAAUAAAUUCCAUGAUUAAGAUCCUCCAUGAUGCUCCAAUCAAGUGCCACGACAUCUUUAAAGCCUUACCUGGCCAACAGAAACACAUCAGAGUCGUUCUGACGUGCGGCGUCGCUGGCGUUGGAAAAACCUUCUUGGUGCAGAAGUUCUGUCUGGACUGGGCCGAGGGUUUGGAAAACCAAGAUAUCUGUCUGGUGAUUCCUCUUGCAUUUAGGGAGCUAAACUUGGUCAAGGAUGAGCAGUACAGUCUUCUGGAGCUCCUCCAUGUUUUCCAUCCAGCAUUACAGAAGGUCACAGCAGAGCAGCUCGCUGGCUCUAAAGUUCUCUUUAUCUUUGACGGCCUGGAUGAAAGCAGACUUUCAAUGGAUUUUCAGAACAUGGAGGAGGUUGUGUCUGAUGUCACACAGAAGUCAUCGGUCAACGUGCUUUUGACAAACGUCAUCCAGGGGAAGCUGCUUCCCUCGGCUCUUGUCUGGAUAACUUCCCGACCUGCAGCAGCCAAUCAGAUCCCUCCUGCGUGUGUUGACAGGGUAACAGAAGUACAAGGCUUCACUGACGACCAGAAGGAGGAGUACUUCAGGAAGAGAGUCAGUGAUGAAGAGCUGUCCAGCAGAAUCAUCUCCCACAUCAAGACAUCCAGGAGCAUCCACAUCAUGUGUCUGAUCCCAGUCUUCUGCUGGAUCACUGCUACAGUUCUGGACCACAUGUUGAUUACAGACCAGAAAGGAGAGCUGCCUAAGACCCUGACUGACAUGUACUCACACUUCCUGCUGGUUCAGACAAAGAGGAAGAAGCAGAAGUAUGCUGAGGGACAAGAGACGAGUCCACAGGGGCUGACAGAGGCUGACAAGGGAGUUCUUCUGAAGCUGGGGAGGCUGGCGUUUGAACAGCUGGAGAAAGGAAACAUCAUGUUCUACCAAGAAGACCUGGAGCGCUGUGGUCUGGAUGUCACAGAGGCCUCGCUGUACUCAGGAGUUUGUACAGAGAUCUUUAAAACAGAGAGUGUGAUCUUCGGGGAAAAAAAAGUCUACAGCUUCAUUCAUCUGAGCAUUCAGGAGUUUCUGGCGGCAGUCUACAUUUUCCACUGUUACACCAACAGAAAGGCACAGGUACUGGGCCCUUUCCUGGGGGAAAGAAAGACUAAAUUAUCCCCGAAACAGCAUCAUAACCGUGAACAUGAUGAUCAAGAUGAUGAUCUAGACUAUGAUCAGCCCCAAGAUGAUAGUGACAAUAGUAACGACCAAGAUGAUAGUGACAAUAGUAAUGACCAAGAUGACUGGGACGAUGUUCUAGACUAUGAUCAGCCCCAAGAUGAUAGUGACAAUAGUAACGACCAAGAUGAUAGUGACAAUAGUAAUGACCAAGAUGACUGGGACGAUGUUCUAGACGAUAAUUACGACCAAGAUGACCAAGAUGAUGAUCUAGACUAUGAUCAGCCCCAAGAUGAUAGUGACAAUAGUAACGACCAAGAUGAUAGUGACAAUAGUAACGACCAACAUGAUUGGGACAAUGAUCAAGACGAUAAUUACGACCAAGAUGAUCUAGACUAUGAUCAGCCCCAAGAUGAUAGUGACAAUAGUAACGACCAAGAUGAUAGUGACAAUAGUAACGACCAACAUGAUUGGGACGAUGAUCCAUACGAUGAUCGAUACAAUGAUCACGAUCAAGAUGAUCGUGAAUAUUAUACAUACACUGUCUCAACUCUGGAUGACUUCCUGAAGAGAGCCACAGAAAAAUCCCUGAAAAGUAAAAAUGGCCACCUGGACCUGUUUGUUCGGUUCCUUCAUGGCCUGACUCUUGAGUCCAACCAGAGACUCUUAGGAGGCCUGCUGGGUCAGUCGGACAACAGACUAGAAAUCAUCCAAACAGCCAUCAACAACCUGAAGAAGAUGAACAUGGACAAUGUAAUCUCCCCUGACAGAAGCAUGAACAUCUUCCACUGUUUGUUGGAGAUGAACGACCAAACAAUACAUCAGGAGAUUCAAGAGUUCCUGAAGUCAGGGAGCAGAUCACAGAAGGAACUCUCUGGGAUCCACUGCUCAGCUUUGGCCUACAUGCUGCAGAUGUCAGGGGAGGUUCUGGAUGAGUUGGACCUAAGGAAGUACAACACAUCAGAGGAGGGACAACUGAGACUGAUCCCAGCUGUGAGGAACUGCAGAAAAGCUGUACUUCAUAACUGUGAGCUGUCAGACACUCACUUUGAAGUUGUGGCCUCUGCUCUUAAGUUCGAUCCCUCCCAUCUUAAAGAGCUGGACCUGAGCAACAACCGUCUGCACGAUUCAGGAAUGAAGCUGCUGUCUGCUGGACUGGAAAAUCCAAACUGUAGACUGGAAACUCUGGGAUUGAGUGUCUGCAGGUUGUCAGAGAUCAGCUGUAAUUCUCUGGUCUCAGCUUUGAAGUCCAACCCCUCCCAUCUGAGAGCGCUGGACCUGAGCUACAGUCACAAGCUGCAGGAUUCAGGAGUAAAGCUGCUGUGUGAUUUCCUGGAGAGUCCAAACUGUGGACUGGAAACUCUGAGAUUAAGUUGGUGCAGUUUGUCAGAGAUGAACUGCGCUUCUCUGGCCUCAGCUCUGAAGUCCAACCCCUCCCAUCUGAGAGAGCUGGACCUGAGAGGAAACAACCUGCAGGAUUCAGACAUGAAGCUGCUGUGUGAGCUGAAGGAGAAUCCACUCUGUAGUUUGGAGACUUUGCUGUGGCAGUGACUGGACUGCUUUGCUGCUGCUCAGCGUCUCCACUUUCUCCUCCACCUGCGUUUUAUUUGUUGUGUCUUUUAUCCAUACAGAUAAUCUGAACUGGGAGAGAUUUUUUGUUCUAUGACAACAUAACUGUAGAUCAGGCGUCUCCAACAAGUAGCUCUCGAGCUACCGGUAACUCGCGGAUAGGUUCACAAACUGAGACACAAAAUGAACCAGAUAUUAAAAGUGAGGGCGCUAACUUUGUGGGCCAUAGACGUGUAAAGUGGAAUUUUUUCUUGGACCGUGAUGUGAAUAUUUUCAGUGAUGUGGCUAUAACUAUAUGGGCUAAAAGAAGUGUAAAAUAGACACGAACCUUGACGUGAAGUUAAGAUUUUUUAUAAGCUUUGGGUUUUGCAAUUUCAGCAAACGGUAGCUUCGUUCAGCUUAUGUGUGUUAUGUAAAUAAAGUAGCUCUUGGCCACUUUUGUUAUUUAGAAGUAACCCUUAUAAGAAGAAAGGUUGGAGACCCUUGCUGUAGAUUAAAGGUGCCCUGCCAUACAAAACCGUUUUUACUUGCAUUUUUUUAAAUAUGUUAGGUCCAUAUGUGUUUGUGUUAUGUUGUGAAUGUGAAAAUGAA